UCACUGUUGUAGCGGGCGUGGGGAUGCGCGCGCACCAACCAUCCCCUGUGUGUUCGGCACGUAAUCGAAACUGGGAGCGCCGUGGUAGUUUGUCGUCAGUUCUGUAAGACUGGGGCUGAAAUUUUAUCGCUUGGAAAUGGAAAUACGUGGGGCGGUUUGACAACGAGAGAAAAUUUCAGUCAGAGGAUCGAAAGGACGCAAGACGAGGAAGACGCGAGACUUCUGCCGAAUCGCACCCUAUAAUCACGUGAGAGACAGCGACGAGGAGAGACAACGGCGUUUUUUCUCGUUCGCAAUCCCGUGGUCGCCGAUCGCUUUAUCGCUGCAGCGACGACGUUGACGCGUGCCGGAAAUCGAGUGACAGAAAGAUUUUCCGUGGGGGAAAGCAGCGCUGGCGCGUAAAAUCGACUCGCGACCAACGGCACCGACGUGUUCAAGAAACUUCCGAAUAUAAAAAAGUCUCUUCGUCGCUUCGAGCGCUCGAACGAAAUCGAUUCACGUCGCCGGUGAAGUAGCGACUAGCGGAGCGCACGCAGCGACGACGAUCGCAGGAUUAAUCGUCGGAUUUCGAGAGAGCCCGAGAGAGAGAGAGAGCAAGAGAAAGAGAGAACGACCGAUUUUUCGUCUUGGACGGGAGGGUGUGCUGGCUCCCUUGGAAUCACAAUGGCGACCGACUUCGUGUCCGCGAGGUGGUUCAGGCCGGCAACGAUCGACUUACGCAGGCAUCUUCGCGAGCAUCGAUAAUACAUCGUCUAUAUGUGCGCACACCGUGCUCCGCUCGAUGCCUCGUUAAUUCAAAUGAGCGAACUGUCGGGUGUAAUCGUUCCUGUUCAAAGCGUUACCGAGGCAUGGCGGUCUUAUCAGUACACGGUCAAAGAGGCAACAUGAAAAGAAUCCCCAAGACGCAUCCGCCAAAGAUAAAAGAACGAUCGUGUGCGAGAGUGCACGCGUGAAUGUGUGUGUUUCCGCCGGAGGGCUAUUUGAGGGUUGAAGUCGACAAGUUGUACGGUUACCCUCUUUCGUGGGGGGGUAGUUCGCGCGGGGGUCCCCCGCGUUCAAUGUACGCGAUUUCGCAUCGUUACCGAUUUUAACGUCGAGCGAAGGGCGACGAUAUAUAUAUAUAUAUAUAUAUAUAUAACACGCGAGCACCUCUUGACUCUCGCAAAUGAUCUCUCUGUGCGCGAAAUCCGACAACGUUACCUCCUACACACACACACACACACAUACACGCGCGCGCGAUGAUGAUCGAAAAAGAAUGGACGAAUGACGACGAACUGACGUUUGACGUGCGCGCGAUGUCGUCGGUUGUCGCCGAAUUGUCACCCGAAUGAAAAGCAAAAAUAAAGAAAAAACUACACGCGAUAUAAAGAGACACGCGGAAGACGAUUUAUAUAUAUUUUAUCAAUUUUGAUGAUUGCCGAAAGAUUUGUUUUUAUACACGGGAGGUCGUAAUCGUUUGUCACGUGACAAGUGAAAUAAUGCUGCGUAAAAUCGCGGUGGAGCGCGGCGAAUCGUCGGAUCUCGUGAGAAAGUGGUAACUACGAUUUUUAAGGCGGCGAAAGAAAGGGAAAGAGGGUAGAAAGAGAGAGAGAGAAGAGAACAAAAAAAAAAAACAAAAAAAAAUUAUCAGCGAAUAUUCAUUCAACCUGGCAGACCAAGAAGAAAUUAGCGGCUCGGCGGCAAUGCAGGGCAAGGAGAGCCCCGUUGGGUCCAACACCCAGGAGACCUAUCAGUACGUCGGUCCUUACCGUUUGGAAAAGACCUUAGGGAAAGGCCAGACCGGAUUGGUAAAACUCGGCGUGCACUGUGUGUUGGGUAAAAAAGUGGCGAUCAAGAUUAUCAACCGUGAAAAGCUUUCGGAGUCCGUGUUAAUGAAAGUGGAGCGCGAGAUCGCCAUUAUGAAACUGAUCGAUCAUCCGCAUGUGCUCGGCCUCUCGGAUGUGUACGAGAACAAGAAAUAUUUAUAUCUCGUUCUGGAACACGUCUCGGGCGGAGAACUGUUCGAUUAUUUAGUUAAGAAGGGUAGGUUAACACCAAAGGAGGCGAGAAGAUUUUUUCGACAAAUAAUUUCCGCAUUAGACUUUUGUCAUAGUCAUAGUAUAUGUCAUAGAGAUUUGAAGCCUGAAAACUUGUUGUUGGACGAGAAGAAUAACAUUAAGAUAGCGGAUUUCGGAAUGGCGUCUUUGCAGCCCGCGGGCUCCAUGCUCGAGACCAGCUGCGGAUCUCCUCAUUACGCCUGCCCCGAAGUCAUUAGAGGUGAAAAGUACGACGGCAGAAAGGCGGACGUUUGGUCCUGCGGGGUGAUACUGUACGCUCUUCUGGUGGGUGCUCUGCCCUUCGACGACGACAAUCUGAGGAAGUUAUUGGAGAAGGUUAAACGCGGGUUGUUUUAUAUACCGCACUUUGUGCCGCCGGAAUGUCAGAAUUUGCUCAGAGGCAUGAUAGAGGUCGACCCCGAGAAGAGGUUGACGUUAGCGGAAAUAAAUAGGCAUGUUUGGGUGACGGCGGCGGGUAAGGGUGAGCUCGAACUAGAACUGUCGAUGAUGGAAGUAGUGCAGACGCACGUUAUUCCGUCCGUGGAUGCGAUCGAUCCAGACGUGCUGCAGGCGAUCGCAAGCCUUGGUUGUUUCAAGGAGCGCGAUAAGCUCAUCCAGGAGCUACUCAGUCCUAAUCACAAUACGGAGAAAGUGAUAUACUUCCUGUUGCUGGAGAGGAAACGAAGAAGACCGGCGUGCGAGGACGAGCUCGAGCUAAUGAGGGGUGGGAUGAGGGGAUCAGCGGGACAAUUAGAGGCCGAUCCGCCGAGGAAACGAGUGGACACGUGUAGAGUUAACGGGAGCACGGCGCUCAAUCUCGGCCAAAUCAGUCACGGCUCGCCUUUGACACCCAGGAGACAGUCCAGCACAAGACACCACGCGAGACGAUCGCCGAGCAUGGGCGGAUGCCACACUCACACGUCGCACUCGCACACAUCGACGCCGGGGAGUUCGCCCCUGCACGCGCCCGCGGGUCUGCUAAGUCCCCACAGAGCGGUACCGACGUCGCAUUUGGGCCAGACAGCCGACGGUCUCCACAGACUGUCAAUCGGUGGCGGUACCACUGCCAAUGCCGCCGGGAACGGCGCAAGUCCCGCAAAUCAAAUCGUACCGACGGCGGCAUCGGCACCCUCGUCGGCGCUCACCAAUGUCGGAAUCGAACUCAACGACGUUCAACCCGUGGUCGCGGUUGGCGUCACACCACCGGGAUCACCUCACACGGGAGCGGGAUCCGGGGCUCACCACUGGAAAUCGCGACUGACCACCAUCAAGAAUUCCUUCUUGGGCAGUCCCAGGUUUCAUCGUCGCAAACUACUCACCAGUACCGAGGAGGUCCACCUCACGCCGGACUCGUCGCCGGAACUUACGAAGAAAUCGUGGUUCGGUAGUUUGAUGACUACAGAAAAAGACGAGACGUUCACCGUCUUGGUCAAGGGAAAACCGCUAGCCAGUGUCAAGGCUGAUCUGAUCCAUGCGUUUUUAUCAAUAGCAGAAUUAUCUCAUAGCGUGAGUUCGCCGAUGUCGUUCAGAGUGGAAUACAAGAGAAGUAGCACCGCUCCCGCCAUGUUCCAGAGACAAGUGAGAUUUCAAGUUGACAUAAACGUCAUCUCGAAGCAGAACGAGCCUCUGUUCGCCAUCACUUUCACAUUAUUGAGCGGUAACAUUCGAAGGUUCAGACGAGUGUGCGAGCACAUUCAGUCCCAAGUGUGUUCGAGGAACGUGGGUGUGAAUUUGGGAGGGCAAAGCAGAGCGGCGCCGCCUAGUCCGAGGGCCUCCAGAAAGUUCGCUACGGAAAUGAGCGAAAGUUCCAGUUGCGGUAGCGACACAAGCGAGCGGCUCUUCCUCAGUCCUCAUCCAGCUACCAGACAGGUAGUUUAUUUCAACAAGAUCGACUCGGACAUCGAGUCCGACACGUCGGUGUUCGACGUCAAGUCGCCGACCCGCGAGAACGGGAGAAGAAGUUCGACGUCGACGAACAACAACAACGCCCUGCCGGGCGACGUAACACCAACCCCGGGUAGUCCGCCGAAAGCGGUGCGGAGCAACUCGGAGAGCCAGAACACGCCCGAGAAGAAAUGCGUCACGACGAUGAGCGGUAACAAUAUAGCGUGAUACUACCAGAAUCUUCGCUUCGAGUUCCGGUCGAAUUUGAAAAAUUUCUGGAACAGUGCUCAGAGAUUCUGGUGAGACAUCAAAUCACACAAUCUCCGCCGAUAAACUGUUGGAACAAUUUUGAACGAAAAAGUUGCAGAUAUACGCGAAACACAUCUCUCUCUAUAUACAUAUAUACAUAUAAUUAAUGUAACACUCCGACAUACAGAAUUAGUCUGACUUUUCAAUCAGCGUGAAGAUCAAGAUGCGCUCAGUUUAGCGAGGGUUACACAUGCCUCGCGAAGUUCGAAAAAAUUAUAUAGAUUAAUAGAGAAUAGAACGCCCGAACAGCACGCGGAAUGUCUUUUGAACGUCCCGAAGGACAUUCCGCUUGCGGGAUAUCCGGAGGAUGUUCUCUUGCAAUCCUCGUAAUCUUUCCUCAGAACCUCCCGAACUUAUCCUUCGCACACGUGUCCGAGGAUAUUUCAGGGAUAAGUCAGGGAAUAGUUUUUCAGGAUCUCGAGGGGUCGGGUGUCCUCGUGCUGUUCGGGGAUAAGUGUCGCCGAUCUGUUCCAGCGUCAUGAUGCGCGAAGAGGGAAUGACUUAGCGGCGAUAAUUAUCGAUAUUUUGCUUACACUUACAUCCGACAUUUGUAAACGUACAUUUCCGGAAGAAUUUGAGCUCAGCUGUCGAAAAGAAAAAAAAAACUAAAUACUCAAUAUUGCGUAUCGAUUUUGUGUUCGCCCCCCGAUUUCAAAACGUCACAUCGACGACGUCGUGUUGUCACGCCAAAAACGUCCGUUCGCGAAAUGUGGGGAGAGACUACGUUAAAUCACCUCUGACGAUAGUAGAAAAUUGUCGAGAACCUCGUCGAAUUUGAUGUGAUGUGUGUGUUUCAAAUAGAAAGAUCCGCGCAAAUAUACGACACGAAAAAAAUAAAUAAAUAAAUAAUUUACACGAAGAGAAAGGCGCAAAAAUCAUAAUACGAGUCCGGGAGAAGUGUGUGAGAUACGCGUGUGUUUCGCGAAGUGCAAUAAUAAUAAAGCGGCGGUGUUUUUCGGCUUGUACGCGUGUGGAGGAGAAUUCAUCACAAUCGUCGCCGAUCCUCGCGUGUGCGUUAAGUUUAGGAAAUAGCGCUUUUGCGUUUUAGAACACGUGUUUCAUUCGUUAGAUAAAGUACAAAAGCCGUAUUGCUUAUUGAAAAAAAAAAAAAAAAGUGUACACACUUUUUAAUCGUUACUUCGAUCGAUUUUUCCGUUUUUAAAUUAAGUAUCGUAUCCUUGUUAAAUUUAAGUCAUAUCCUUGUUAUUUUUGCAUUCUCGUUUGCUGAUCGCGUGACUAUUAAUCAACGUCGUCGGCCGUCGUG